AUGAACGACGAUCACGAUUUAAAGCGUCAUGAUGUUGUAUAUGGAGCAACAAUCAAUUUAAAGCUAUGGAAUAUAUGGGAAGGCCUAAUUAUGGCUGCUUUCAGGGGUGCUGAAGAUGAAGUCUUUCGUCAUGAUAUUACUAUAGAUAUGCAAGCUCAUUUUGAUUCAGUUCGAGAACGCCUAGCUCAGUCAGUUUGGGUUAAAGAAAGAGCGCUCAUGGCACUCUUUGUCGCCAGCCACCGUGGUCAUUUUCGUUUAGUACAAAAAUUAAUCGAGAUAAAUGCUGAUGUUAACGGUAAAACACCUUCAAAUCGAACACCAUUACACGCUGCAGCAGUGAUGGGGCAUGAUGAUUGUGUUCAGCUUUUGUUGGAGAAUGGUGCUCACCUCGAUAUCCGUGAUUGUAAUAAAAUGACUCCAUUGAUCUUAGCUGAGAAAUAUGGUAGAAAAGGUUGUGUUAGACAAUUGUUUUUACAUAAAUGGAAGAUUAGGGCAUCAGUAAUGAAUACAAAGAUUCCAAUCGAGUCGUUAAUGACACAUCAAAAAUAUGAUUCCGGUUUAAUAACUUGGCUACGAGGUCCUGAAGGUAAAAUUUAUCUGGCUGAUUUGCGAAAUAAUAUUCCUGAGUCAUUAUUACGUGAUGCUGCUAAGCCACCGGCAAAAACCAGACAAAGAAGCCAUUCGACCGAAAUAAAUACAGAUAAAUAUAGUUUAUAUAAAAAGGUAUCAACUAAAACGACAAUGACCAGGGAAAAACACUUUCACGAAGCAUCUAUACAAGCUGAUCUUAGUCGUAGAGGUCGAGAAGCGCGUGAAGCUCGUGAAAGGGAACAACGUGAGAAAGAAUUGCGUGAACAAGAAGCUAUGCUAAAUAAUCAAAACGGUGAUGAUGAUUCUAAUCAAACUAGUGGUGAUGACCCAGUAAAUCCCAAUCGUGGACGUUCUCAAUCAAUUACUCACAAGACUCCAAUGCCACGUAUUAGUAUCGCUAAAUCAAUGCAAAAGUCUACGACAAAUUUGAAAGGUAAUAAUAGAAGUGUACCUUUAAAAUCAAUGACUUCAGGUGAUGGGAAUAAACUAAAUACAAGCAGUAGUAAUUUUGCUGUGAAGAGUGCUAAUAUCAAGGUAAGAGCAAUAUUGAAGGGGCAAAAAGGCAAAGUACCGUUUCAAAAUCAUCGAUCAAUUGUUGAAAAGCAAUUGAAGAUGGUCGAUUCAACGUCUAGUGCCGAUGACAGCAGCGAUAUCGAACACAAUUUCGACAUGACAAAUAUCGCAUCGAUUAGCCGAUCGCCAUCGCCAUCACUCAAUAAUUUAUCUCCAAGAACUCAUGGUAGGCCAAGUAGCAGUAGGCAUAGCAGCAGUAGUAGAAGUAGGAGUAUUAGUCCACAAUCCACGCAGUUAUUAGAUAUAAGAUUGCCAGGUGAGAUUACAACCGAAAUGGAAGCAAAUAAGCGAAAGAGAAUUGCUAAACAUCGCGCCCGACGUGAAUAUAUGGAAUUAGUAGCUCAAAAACGUAAAGAGUCUAGACCUAAGUCUUACAAAGAGUGGCUGUCUGCUAAAUCAUCGGUUGAAACAAGAAAUAAGCUAAAACGCUAG